UUUAGAAAAAAGAAUGUUAGACCCGUCACUAGCCAAGAUGGAGGAGUAUAAAAUGUGAAAGAUAUGAAGGUGAUGAGCACUUGAAUAUCAUUUGGUAGAAAUUGCUCAUCUAUCAAAAACACACACAAUGUCGAUGGACAAAUCUGGGUAUGGCCAUGACGGAAUAUUCCGAUCACUCCGACCACCAGUAGUCAUCCCAGCAAAACAACACACAUCAAUGAUCUCCUUCCUCUUCCGUAACGUUUCAUCGUACCCAAACAAACCGGCCUUAAUCGACUGCGACUCCGGCGAAACCCUCACUUUCUCUGAAUUCAAAACCACCGUAGCCAAGCUUUCUCAAGCCUUGAACACCCAACUGGGUAUCUCCAAGAACGACGUCGUCCUCUUCUUCGCCCCCAACUCAAUCCAAUACUCCGUCUCUCUUUUCUCUGUCAUCGCUCUCGGUGCCAUAGCCACCACCGUCAACCCUCAGUACACUGUCGGCGAGCUAUCCAAACAACUCCAAGACUCUAAACCCAAACUCAUCAUCACCAUUCCAGCAUUGUACCAAAAAGUUGAAAGCUUUGGCCUGCCGGUUGUGUUUUUAGGGUCAGAAAGUCCAAGAAAAGGAUGUUAUUCAUAUAACGAUUUGAUUUCAACAUCUUCCUCAGUCUCAGAACUCCCUAAUGUGUCCAUCGGAGGAGAUGAUACUGCGGCCUUACUGUACUCUUCUGGAACAACCGGUGUUAGUAAGGGUGUCGUUUUAAGCCAUAUGAAUUUCAUCUCUAACUCACAGAUGAUUACUUCAGAUCAAAGAUUAAUGGGGGAGAAAGACUACAGGUUCAUAUGUGUCUUGCCCAUGUUUCAUAUAGCCGGACUUGCGACUAUACUAUAUUCUCAGCUACAGGAAGGGAAUACCAUCAUAUCAAUGGGGAAGUUUGAUUUUGAAGGGUUACUAAAGAACAUUGAGAAAUAUAGAGCGACACAUUUAUGGGUUGUUCCUCCGGUUAUACUUGCUUUGGCUAAACAGGAUGCAGUAAAGAAGUUCGAUCUAUCUUCUUUAAAGCAAAUUGCUUCAGGUGCUGCACCUUUAGGGAAAGAAUUAAUGGAGGAGUGUGCCAAAAAGUUCCCUCAUGUUACAGUUAUUCAGGAUGCAGUAAAGAAGUUCGAUCUAUCUUCUUUAAAGCAAAUUGCUUCAGGUGCUGCACCUUUGGGGAAAGAAUUAAUGGAGGAGUGUGCCAAAAAGUUUCUUCAUGUUAUGGUUAUUCAGGUUGCACCAGUAGAGCUUGAAGUGCUUUUACUUUCACACUCUGAAAUAUUGAAUGUUGUAGUAAUUCCGUUUCCCAAUAUGGAAGCUGGCGAAGUCCCAAUUGCAUUUGUCGUUCGGUCUCCAAACAGUUCGUUGACCGAAGAUGAUGUUAAGAAAUUUAUUGCUGAACAGGUUUCACCUUAUAAAAAGAUUGAAGCGAGCGACAUUUGUAAACAAUGUGCAAAAUCGGCUGCGGGGAAACUUCUACGGCGGGAACUUAUUGAAAAGGUUCGAUCCGAAACAUAAGAUUUUAUGAAAUCAAAAAACUUAGAAUGUUUUGUAUACAAUAAAAGUUGUGAACUGUUUUGGAUUUGUUUUUUAACUAUCCGUGUAAAAAUUGUUAAAGUUUAGGAAAGUCAAUAAGGAGAGUCGGUAU